GUGCUUUGAACGAUUACGGUGAGCAUUAUCACAUAGUCACAAAUUGAUAACUAGGCGACUCUCUGAUACUGAGACCUGAGCGUUCUCCUCUUUUUUCGGAUUGUUCCACGCUUGAACCCUAGCUCACCCUGUCGCAACGCCGCAACCGACCGGAUCCCGCUCACGAUUCGUCACUUCUUUCGCGCGCCCGAUCGUCGAUCUGAGCGUCGGAGCAUUUCUACCUUCAAUCCGCAAGGCCUGCAAAUCCAUGGCGAUGGCGAUGGGCGAAAGGUGAUAGACACAUCUCGUUAAUAAGAGUCGCUCAGUCAAGCCAUAUCCAGCCAGUUCGUUUCUUUUGAAAUUGACUUGAUGCCCCUCGCCUUGUCCUGCAUUCGACGUCGACGUACCGCAAUCACACUACUUCCUCCCUGCAUUAUGCCUCAUUCGGCUUCGAAAUCCACCAAGACCAACCCCAACAUCUCUUCGUCCACGACCACGCGACCCACUCCGUUCUACUGUCAUUCUUGCGGUCGGCAUACCUCCCACGCCGCCCGUCCUUCCGACCCGAACCCCAACCCGGAAAACGCAAAGAAACACUGCUCUCAACGCUGCAAGAACGAACCCAGGGCUUCGGCCGUGAUCGGGCUGGUAUGGCGGGAGAUGUUGAACGAGGGCAAGGGGAGCGGGAAGGAAGGGAGGGUCGUUCUUUGUAGUGACGUUCAGGGGAGGGUCUUCGACGAGACUACGGGGAGGCCGAGGACUCGGGAGGGUCCGCUGGCAGGAGGGUUGCCGGAGCUGGUCCCCAUUACGUCGAGAGAGAAUGAGAUAGAGUCUAUAUCGACAACAGCAUCGAUGUCGACAUCUCCACCGCCGUCCGCCCAAGCUCUAGGGAUGGCCAACGCAUUCAACCGCGAACUCGUCCGCCGUUCCGCCCGGCUGCUCGUGCACUUUGGUUUCCCGCAUCUAGCGGCCAAACGCUCGAGGAUGUUCCCGCUGGAAUGGGAGACCGAGGCGAUCGAGCUGUUGAAGAGCGAGACGAGGGAGGUCAAGGGCGUUGGAUGGGAUGGCAAGGUGAUCGAGGAUGUGACGCAUCAGAAGGGAGAGUGGGGGUUGAAGUGGAAGGCCUCGGUGUAGUUAGUUUGAUACUUUGUUUAACACGUCAUACCCGGGAAACAACCCCCUUUCCUUUUGUUGAUAAGUACCGGUGGGCCAAGUGAAACUCAUCAAUUCACCUGCCAAGACCGAUGGUUGUAAGCGAGGUAAUCACGGGG